UGGAUGUGACGGGCCAGCGCGCCAAACUGAGACAGUCAACAACAGGAGUGUAGGAGAGAGAAGAAACUCAACUACAGACCUAUUUAGCCCCCAAAUCGACCGUUAAACGCAGCCCCGACCUCUUAACUAACGUGAAGGGUUAAAGAGGGGUUAAAGGGUUAGAGAUGGGUCUGCUGGAGCGGUGCCAGGAGCUCUUCCACACCUCCAACCUGUACGAGGUGCUGGGCAUCAGCCCGGCGGCGGCCGAGGCGGACAUACGCAGGAGCUACUACAAGGUGUCGCUGAAAGUACACCCAGACCGGGCCCCCGAAGACCCGCAGGCCACGGAGAAGUUUCAGGUGUUGGGAAAGCUGUACGCAGUGUUGAACGAUAAGGAGCAGAGGGCUGUCUAUGAUGAGCAGGGAGUGGUGGAUGAAGAGUCUGAUGUCCUCAGUCAAGACCGCUGCUGGGAAGACCACUGGAGACUGCUCUUCCCUAAGAUUACAGUGAAAGACAUUCUCGAAUUUGAGCAGAAGUACAGGGGCUCCGAUGAGGAGCGGGAAGACUUGAUCCGGCUUUAUGUGCAGCAUAAGGGAGACAUGGAUACCAUCGCUGCCUGGGCUCUGUGCUUCUCUCAGGAAGACGAACCCAGGCUGUGCGCCAUCAUCCAGGCUGCCAUCGAGAGCGGAGAGGUCGAAUCCUUUCCAGCAUUUACUCAGGAGAGCAACAAAAAGAAGAGGGCUCGUAGGAAAAGGGCUGAUAGAGAACGUCAAGAAGCAGAAGAAAUGCAAAAAGAGAUGGGGCUUGGUAAUGAGGAUGAUAGUCUUGCCAUGAUGCUUAAGCAAAGACAACAAUCCAGAGAAAAGGGUUUUGACAGUUUCCUGUCCGACCUUGAAGCGAAAUACUCCAAAAAAAGUGAAAAACCUCAGAGAGGAAAAAAAGGAAAAAAGUAAAUGUCAUACAAGUAUCUUCUCAGAU